GCUUCUUCUGAGCAGACUUCGAAUCGCACAGAGCACGCAGAGUAAGAGAGAGAGAGAGAGAGAGAGAGAGAGAGAGAGAGAGAGAGUAAUGGGAAUGAAGAAGAAGCCGUGGUCGUUAAAGAAGGUGAGCAAGGAGCUUUGGCCAUGGAGAUUCUCGGCCAUCUUCAAAUGGAAACGUGACGAUUCUCAGCUGAAUAUCAUAGACGGCGUCGUUUUCAAGAUACUUUCUGUAGUAGAAGCCGUCGUUCUUGUCUCCACGCUCUGCUUCUUCUUCCUCUGCUGUGGCUGUCAUUUCUGAUUUUCAUUCACUCCUUUUCUUUCUUACAUAAUUCUUUUUCCUUUUUUUUUAUUUUUUUUUAUUUCUUAUUUUUAUAACUUUGAAAGCCAUAAUUGGGCAUUAAAGCUUGUAACUUUAUUUGAUUUUAGAAUUUUUUUUUUUUAAUUUUUGAAAAAGAAUUGUUUAAAUCGAUCAAGUUUGUAGACUAGUAGAGAAUGAUAUGAUCUGAAUUAUGAUUUUUUAGGUUUCAAUUUGUAGGAAAUUUAUUGUAUAAUAUUUUCCCCAAUAAAUAAAAUGGUGAGCUUUUUGGUUUU